GUCUGCCUUCUUGAGCUCAAGGUCAUGGUUGCCUAGAAAGGCGGUAUGGCAACUUUCAAAGUCAUGAUCUACUUACUUUAAAAAAAACCGAAUGAGACUGCAAAGCCAGAAGACAAGUGGAGUUUCAAGUCCAUUUCUGCAUUAUUCAACUCGACAAUAUCCAAUUAAAUAGCAUAGUAAACUUUUAUGUUUCAAUUAAAACUUACGAGAUAUCUUCGAACAUUUGCAUUUCUACGCUUACUUUUAAUAGUUAACUUUUCUUCUUUUUUAAUUUAUUUUGUUCUGCUGGUGAUUAAUACUUAUCGAUUUCCUAACUCAAAUUAUCAUGCCUCAGUAAUUCGAGAUCAAGAAGAACUACGUUUAGCUCAUUUACGCUCAUUAAUCUAUGAUUGGCAGGUUUCAGGAAAACUCCCCUUGAUCUACAAAUCAUCAUUCUCACAUUAUUUUCCCUCUUCUCCAUUUACAGUCAACAAAUAUGGUAUCACAAUAGGCAUAUUGACAUCCAGCCGUCCUCAGCACAAGAUCGAUGACUAUCAAACGUAUUACUUAACUGAGUCUGUAGCCACAUUAGUUCAUCUAAUACUCCAGGAUAUUUCAAAUUAUGGUUAUCGGUUUAAAUUCAUUAAUAUAGUUGUAUGUACUGGAGGAAAUGCUGAUAAGAGUAAAACUAUUCCAAGUUUGAAUGAAAUUAUUCGACUUGUAGGUGAGAAUUCAAUUUAUACACUUUCCACAGAUGAAGGUCAAUCUUACUUAAAUUUAUCGCUUGGUUGUCAAACUGUUAAGUUCACUUCAAAAUGCAUGUUGGAGAUAGUUAAGCGUACUAAAACACAAGCAAAUGAUUAUAUCUUAAUUAUACAAGAGGAUAUGAUUCCAGAAGAUAAUUUAUUUGACGUUCUGUGGGAGAUAUUGCAUCAGUCUAUUACAGAUAACCAAACCCUUGGUAUGAUUCAGUUGUAUUCACGUGAUAAUGUGUUAAAAUUUCCAUUCCAUCAUAAAACUGACAAAAAAAUAUUUGAAUUCUCUUUUGGCUUUAUUUUACUAUGUGUAAUAAUUGUCCUUUUGACUUUUACACGGUUUACUGCUCGACCAUUCUUUGCAAUGUAUAAUACGCUUCUGUUCCUUUGUGUUUUCAUUACUCUAUCUAUAUUAAUCUGUAUGUAUGGAAUGAAUAAUCUAUCGAUUCGAUUGCAUAACUUAUUGGUUAGCAGUCAUACAGUAUUUCACCUUACAGGUCAGGCAUAUUAUACCCAAGCGGAUAGAACAAUGGCUAGUUUAUAUCCAGCUGAACAAUUGGAAUAUAUUGGUUAUUAUUUGAAUUCAGCUGCUCCAUGUAGUCAUUUUUUACAAAAUUUAAAACAAGGUGAAUCAAGGCUUUCUCAGCUAAUUACAUCCUAUCUCGUAUCGAAUGUUAAAUUGGUACUUAGUUUAUGUACAAAUGUAUUUAAGCAUCGUGGACUGUAUGCCUAUGAAGAAAAUCGAAUGUUGGAUCCAACCGAUGUGGAACAAUAAUGAUAACAGACCGGGUUUUUCACCAAACAUUUUCUUAUUUAAGUUUUUAUGCUCUUUUUUUCUUUAAUUUUAUUGCUUUUGGAAAAAGAUUAUGAAUACUGUUUCCUACAGCUA